AUGGUGUGUUGGAUGGUUCAGGUGAUGAUGAUGAUGACACUCUCUUUCCUCAUCAGCAGCAGUCAGGGGAAGAGAGACCAGGUGCUCUACUGCUCAGGUGAGUCGCCUGUCAAUCAAAUAUCUUAAUUGUGACUGAUGGCAUUACAAUCCAUCUUUUUCAAGUCCAUCUAAACACGUUUAAGCAGUUCCCAUCAGUGUGUUGGUUUGGGAAUUAAAUGGAUAAAGUGAACUUUAUGAUGUUGACUUUAAGAUUUAUCAUUGAAAUGAAUUCUGCCCUGCUGUACUAGUGUGGUCUUAAAUCAUGAUUUCCAGAUGGAGGAGACGGCCUCCGAGUUAUUUCUGUCACAUACAGGGUUUAUUUUGAUUAUAUUAAAGGAUUACACUGUUGUUUACUCACUGACUUCCAGGGAUCCCUGGUUGAUGCAACAGUAUUUGCAUUAUCAGGAUGCUCAGUAUGGUUGCUUUUCUCCUUCUUUAACACGAUUUCAUGUGAUGAUAUUUACUCUCCUAAAAAGCACUGUUGAUUUAUUGCUGUGGUUCUUAAGUCCAGUCCUCGAGGCCCACCGUCCUGCAUGUUUUGGAUGUUUUCCUGCUUCAACACACCUGAUUCAAAUGAUCAGCUCGUUAUUAAGCCAUUACAGAGCUUGAUAACGAGCUGAUCAUUUGAAUCAGGUGUGUUGGAGCAGGGAAACAUCCAAAACAUGCAGGACAGUGGGACUUGAGAACCACUGGAUUUUUGUAAUGUGAUUACCUACUGAUAUCAGUCUGAUUAGCUAUGCAGUCUCAUAGCUGGAAUCUCAAACUUAAAGUGCUUCAGUGAUUUUUUUGGUAGAUAAAUUGCAAUAAUGAAUAAAUAACAGGCGAAAAUAAGUACAUGUAAGCAAAUGACAACCAUUUUUAAAAAAAUCCAUUAAUUGAUGAUUUUUUAAAAGCUUAAAUGUUUGAUCUACAUCAUUUUUUUAUUUCUAUGAAAGACUGACUUUGAUCUGUGCCUCCACAAUCCUGAACCUCAUCAAACUCUGUUCACUGACAAUUAUUAUGAAGGAGCUGUAGCUGCAGUCUCUAUGGAUCAUGUGACUAAAAGUCUCCAUGGGUCAUGUGACUUAAAGUCUCCAUAAGUCAUGUGACAGAGGGUCUCCCAGAAGUACUUGUAUAGACGAUUUGCUUCACUUGGUGCCAAAAUGUCUGGCAGUGGAGUGUGAAGGGCUUGUUAAAACCUUCAACAGUGAGUCUGUACUGAUGCAGACUUCUGCUCUGCAUGAAAGUUUAUCUGUUAAUAAAAGUUCUUUGUUGGUACCUGCAAGGACCUGAAAGGCUUCCAGCAAGAGUAAAGAAACAGCAUUGCAAGCAGUAGGGGAUGGUGGGGUAAGAUGAGUCAUUUUUCAUAUUUCGGAUCACUUUUUAAGAUUCUUUUAUUUGUUUUAAAAUCUUUAAAUGGUCUUGCUCUAUCUUACCUCUCUGAGCUUCUCCACCCCUACACCCCUGCUCGGUGCCUCAGGUCAGCUGAUCAGCUGCUCCUGGAGGUACCAAGGUCCAAACUGAAGCUCAGAGGGGAUGGAUCUUUUCUGUUGUGACCCCAAAAUUAUGGAACGAGCUACCCCUCCAAAUCAGACAAGCCCCCACACUGUCCAUUUUUUAAAACUCGUCUUAAAACCCAUUUUUAUUCAUUGGCUUUUAACCCCGCAUGAGACCCAGCUCCUGUUUCAGUGUUUUAUGGUUUGUUUUUAGUUAUUUGUUUCUAUGUUCUUAAAUUAGUUUUUAAAAACAUUGAAACUAUAUUUUACUUUUUAAUAUCUGCUUUUAUUUUAUCCAUUGUUUUAAUUGUUUUUUGAUUGUUUUUUAUGUCUGCAUUGUUUUGUCUAUUUAUGUACAGCACUUUGUUCAGCUGUGGUUGUUUUAAAGUGCUUUACAAAUAAAGUUGAGUUGAGAAUGCCUACUAGUGAUUCAGAACAUUCACAGCUCUAUUUAUAAAAAGAAAAAGUAACACAUUUCAACAAUCUGAACUGAAACUCUGAUCCUCUCAUCAAACUCCUUUACUUUCUCAGUUGAGACACUGGCUUAACUAACCCCUGGCCGAAUGGCUCAAUUUACCCCAGAACUACUAUUAUGAAUUUAUUAGUUCUCUAAGCUAAAAUGGUGGACUUUUAUGCUAGGUUUUUGACCUCAUGUUGUAGCUCAUAGAUACCACAAUUGACGUAUAAAACAAAUUCAGAAUUAUCUUUUUUGGUCUGAACAAAAUUCUAAUCAAACUUUUGACAGACUAAAUUCACUUUCAAGAGUAAAGGUCCUUACACACUGGGACCUUUUUUGUUGUGCGAUCAUUUCGGACAUCAACAUUUCUUUUCGAACCUGUAUCCUGUCAAUACAAGCAUUCACAUCAGCAGCAUUUUCCAGUCCUGUGAUAUUGAGGCAUUUAUUUUUUCGGAUCAUGGCUGAUUUUUGUAAAGUUUCGCAUACUGUGUGUCCAUUUCUGACCAAUCAGAUUGUGUGUUGUUGUGACGCCUGAUUCACCGAUAUAUCCAACAUGGCCGACCGGCUGAUUGUUUAGAACAGAGUGCUUUUUGAUAAAAGACACAAAUAUUACAAAGAUAAUGACCUGAAGGACAACUUGUGGAGAGUCAUAGCGUCAGAUUUCUCAUAUGACAAUGGUUUGCAUGCUUUAACAGUUCGCUAAACAUCUUUGUUUUAACUUUCAUCUGUGCUAACAUGUGUAAUAUAACUUAAGUAUUAAAAGUGGUAGUCUUUGCUGAUGAUACAAAUAUUUUCUGUUCUGGAAGCAAUUUGCAGGAAUUAUUGAACAUUGUUUCUUCGGAGUUGUGCAAGCUAAAGAGGUGGUUCGACAGAAAUAAACUUUCAUUAAACUUGUCUAAAACAAAAUUUAUGAUAUUUAGUAAUAAUAAAAUAGAUACUCAAGUAAAUAUAUAUAUAGAGGGUGUUGCUAUUGAAAGAGUAUUCGGGAAUAAAUUUCUAGGAGUGAUAAUUGAUGAUAAAAUUAAUAGGAAAUCUCAUGUAAAAUAUAUACGAACAAAACUAUCAAGAAGCAUUUCAGUUCUGAGCAAAGCAAAGCACAUUCUGGAUUCCAACUCACUCCGCAUGCUGUACUGUUCCCUUGUUUUACCUUAUUUAAAUUACUGUUGUGAGGUUUGGGGCAAUACCUAUAAAUCUUCACUCCAUGGAUUAACUAUACUUAAAAAAAGAGCUAUGCGAAUUAUACAUAAGGCUGCAUAUCGAGAUCACACCAACACACUAUUCAUUAAGUCAAACCUGUUAAAAUUUAUGGAUAUUAUCGAAUACAAAACCGCCCUGAUAAUGUACAAAGCUAGGUACAAUCAUCUCCCUGGGAAUAUCCAGAAACUGUUCUUUGACAGAGAGGGUGGGUACAGCCGUAGGGGGGAGUUAAAUUUGAAAACUCUGUGCGCCCGAACAACAUUGAAAUCAUUCUGUAUCUCGAUAUGUGGAGUUAAACUUUGGAACAGUAUAGAUGUAGAGAUAAAGCAAUGUUCAAACAUAUACAAGUUCAAAAAAAAGGUAUAAAAAUGUAUUAUAAUGAGGCAUAAGGAGGAAGAGUUACAUGAACGAUGAUGUGUUCAAUGACUGUACUGUAUGUAUGUAUGUAUGUAUCAGUGGCGAUUGCUCUAAGACUGCAAGGGAAGCUCAGCUUCCCUUAAAAUGUCACCCCCCCAAAAAAAGAAAAAGUGGUGAAAUACGUACUGCUGUGUGUACAUUUCAUUAACUAAAUACGCGUUAGAAAGCCUUCAUCUUUUGUUCAGAAUCAGCUUCUUAUCACAGUGUUAUAAGAAGCUGAUUCUGCACAACUUCGUUCUCAUUCAUUCUCGCAGCGCCUCAGCGCUUUAAACAGCUGGACGCUCAGCAUCUGCUGACUUCAAUGUGGAAGCUCAAAAGUGGGUUGUUCCAGCAGCGAAACUAGACGCUCAUUGGAUAAAUGCUGGGCUUUGUCCCGCCCAUCGGACGCUCGGCGUCUCUGGAGUUCUGUGCCGAGAGGGCGGUCCCGACUUUCUCCCGGACUCCGAGCUUCUGCAUCCAUGAUUGGAUGAGCUGUCUGAGGCGAAAUCCUUUUUUGAUUGACAGCUAAACAAGCGAAUCAGCGAUCUUGAAGAAUAAAACAUCUACCAAAGCAUUUUCCAAGUUAUUCAUUCCGUUGUUCUUAACUGCUCCAGAGACUUUACUGAUCCUCGGCGACUUUUGUCUUUGUUAAAAACGACUGCCGUUGUGUUUGGCGACUCUGUUCUGUUACAUACAAAAAAACAAACACAAUUAUGAUGUAGGCCAGAAAAAUGAGCUUCCCCUCCUUGAAAGACCAGCAGCCGCCACUGGUAUGUAUGUAUGCAUGUAUGUAUGUAUGUACGUAUGUACGUAUAUGUAACUUAUUAUUGAGAUCACCAAUUUAGUGUACAACCAAUAAAUCCUUGAUACAAAAGUGGUAAAUUAAUUUGUUCAAGUAAACUUUAUAGGUAUACAGUAAGACAGUUUGUAAAACGUUGACGCUGUGUAGUUGACAAAGGGGUAGGAUCACAUAAGUCUUGACUUCACCCUACUCCUUUUUGAACAUGAUCGUGAUAUUGGCCGAUUUUUGCCUGUUAGGCUUGUCUUUGAUUUUAUUUUUUUUAUUCUUAUUUAAUAUUAUUUUCUUUUCAUAAAGCCUUGUUUUUUGUUUUUUAUUUUACUUCAUCAUUAUUUUUAUCAUGUUCAAAUAAAGAUAAAGAUAAAAAAAAAAUUUAAAAAAAGAUAACACAAACUAACGGUUGUUACCACAGUUUUAUGUGCUUAUCUUACUGCCUCUGAUUGGCUAUAAGUGCUGACCAUUUGGCUUGGGCAUGUGAUGAUGUUUCCAGCUUUUGUAGCCAAUCAGAGGUGAAGGAGGCAGGACUUUCCCCAGGAAAAGUCUUCCCCGGGAUGCGUCUUUUCCCCCCCGGAAAGUCGCAAAAUCGCAUCGGGCUUGAUUCAUAUAGUCAGGAGGGUCAAAAUUCACCUCCAAAUAUGUUGUAAUUUUGCAUUCUAUAUUUGCGUCAGCCCCGGUGUGUAAGGACCAUAGACUGUAUAUAGAAUGGACAGAGUCUGCCUCCUCGCUGGGUGAAGUCACUCCGAGAACAGCGACUCUCGGCAACUGCGCAGCCGAAUGCGCACAUUGCUACUGCGCAGCGCUGGUUUCAGGAAAUGAAAAAAAAUCCCAGAAAUACCAAGAGCUAUUUGGCCUCAAAUCCGUAUACAGACGGGAGGCGGAACCAAGUUGUCCAUAGUAUAUACAGUCUAUGGUAAGGACCUUCUAAGAAUGUUUUUUUUUUGUAAAUAAAUCUCUAACCCCUUCACCCAUGUGCUCCUAACCUUCACAGACUUCCUGAAUUGAUGCCCAUCUCAUAAAUAUUUGGUCACAUGAUCAAUUUCUUUUAAUUUCGUUUCCAAGCAACAGGGGGUGGCUCGACUUACCCUUUGGCUCAACUUACCCCACUCUCCCCUAUAUGUGAAAUGUUCCCUCCCUGAUCCCUCCACCUGAAUGAAGGAGCUUCAUUCAGCUCUAAACAGCAUCCACCCUGAGAGGUGAGAAAGUGAGGAGGGUCCAGUUUGAGAAAGGCAGCCAGGGUUGUGACUGUAAGUCUCAGGUUCAUGUGACAGAGUUGAAGCAAUGAUGGUGUCAGUAUGAUGUGGUUUAUUGACACCUCACUGCUCUAAGUGUCAGACUCUUUAUUAGUCUAGAAUCACUUAAACACCUGAUCUGUAACUGAAGGUGUCACCUGAGUUCCAGACAGCUGGCCUGAGUUUUGAUCUGUUUAUUUUUAUUUUUUUUCCCAGCAUGCAAAGCGAUAGUGGAUGAACUUAACUACUCCAUCAGUCAGGUGGACCCAAAGAAGAUCAUCAACGUGGGUGGCUUCAGGAUCAACCCCGAUGGGACCAUGACAGACAAAAAGGUAGAGAAGAGGGAGGUAGAGACACCCCCACCUCACCUGUACCUAUUACUCCCUACAGUAGCAGUAUCUGUCUGCUGCUGAGUGUAGGAAGAAUUUCUGUUUUCUUUUUUCUUACAUGUUAUAAUCCACCAAGAACAGACUGGCUCAGCUACGCUCUGUUUAACAUAGAUCACUCCUGUUUUUCAGGAGUUUUUCAAAAAGGUUAAGCAAAUAUAAGUCUGACCCUUCAGUCUGUGGUGCUCUAUCAUUCUGAUCUUGUCUAUUUUAUCUGCAAACAGACUCUGGUCUGCAGUCAAGUUAUUAUACAAAUCCCAAUUCCAGUUGAGUUGGGACAUUGUGUAAAACGUGAAUAAAAACAGGAUACAAGGAUUGACAAAUCCUUUUUCUUCGACUUUAUAUUCAAUUGAAUACACUACAAAGACACAAUGUUUAGUGUUCUAACUGAUAAACGUGAUUGAUGUUUUUAGCAAAUAUUCACUGAUUUUGAAUUUGAUGCUGCAUUAUGUUCUUAAAAAGCUGGUUCAGGAUCAUGUUUACCGUUGUGUUACAUCACAGCAUUCAUUUAGUCUCUUACCUGUACCAGGUGUGCUGCAGGUACAAAUCCUCAUUGCCUAAAGGCAUCGUUCUCAUUUUCAUGGUUAUUUUUUUCUCAUUGCACGUCAGUGAUGAUAUAACAACAGCUAGCUGGCAAUGCUGCUUUAAUAUUUUUUAUGUUACCACUGCUGCUAUUAAUAGCGCUGUGUCAAAAACUUUACUCAUCCCAGUUUGAGGAUAUGUUAGAACAUUUAGUGAGCUGUUUGGUGGUCUCAGUCUGUCCAGCUUACCUGCCAUAGCAUUACAGACCUUUGGACAAGUACAAUACAGCCAAUGGGCUCUAUUUUUGUGCCCGCCGGCGAUGGGGCGGAUGGUGACGGACCCUGCACAGUGGUAUUUUCAUCUGGCGGAGCCCGGUGCACAGCCAGUUUGGUAUUUUCUUGGACUGAGGCGCACCGAGGUCCGCCAAGCGUGGUGACACGGUAGGGGGAGGUAGUGCUGGGCGAUAUGGAAAAAAAUGUAUAUCACGAUAUGGAUCAUUUUAUAUCACGAUAACGAUAUAUAUCACGAUAUAGCUAUGGUAUGCUUUCAGUUCUAUGAAAAAUUUAAGUGUAUACAGCUGCACUAGUACAGUACCAGUACAAGACCAGCACUUAAAACUAGAAAAAUGAAUAAAUAAAUACGUGGCUGAAGUGCGUUCAUGUCUGUGCUCACCCAAAGUUAUGUAACACUUACAGAAAACGCCGAUAGUGUGAGCCGAAGCACUCCAUAAUAAUAAUAAUAAUAAUAAAUUUAAUUUGUAAUGCACUUUACAUUUACAAAAAAAUCUCAAAGUGCUACAGUACACAGUAAAAAAAGAGCAACAACAAUAAAAAAAGCAAUAGAAUGACAGUCACAGAUUAGCAUAAAAAAGAAUUUAAAAAAAAUAAAAUAUAUAGAGUUGCAAUGUAAGAGGCAAGGUAGUAAAAGCAUAGAGGAAAACUAACCAAAGGCUUUAUUAAAAAGGUAGGUCUUUUGGGCUCUUUUGAAGAGGUUGUUCACACUGCUAGAUGUUUCUCCUCCAAAGCUGCUCUCUGCCUCCAUCAUUGUUUACUUUACUCUUGAAGCACGUAGCAAGACCCGAGCAUGAAUCCGAGCACUUUAUUCGCCUAUCAGGGGCAGACAGGUAAGGUGAUUUGAUUCGCCACGACUCCAGAAAUGAUUGAAAAACUACAGAAUGUCACAAAAUCACGUUUUGCCGCUCCUGGCUCGAAGGGUACAAAUGCGCAGCCGCGCUCCCAGCUGACAGGAAGUCAAACCGCUGUUGUAGUUCUUUUGUGUUGCUAGCGUGGUCAAGAGUGUUUACUCUCACUGAGAGAUGACUACAAAAAUGGACGCACCUGUUCAUCUGGUUGUUAAACACGGCUGAAAAAGAUCAUCUUUUAAUGUUGUUCCCGCUCCUGCCCACUUUUUUUUCCCGUCCCGUCCCGAUCAAGAGAUUAAUAAAAAAAUGACUCCCAUCCCGCGGGAAUCACGUGACUCACGGGAAUUCCCGAAAAAAGUCAUCCUCCACAGGGAAGGUCCCGGAGCAGAUGAAACAGGUGCCGGAGCGGCUGAAAUAGGUCCCAGAUCCGAUCAAAAGAGGUCCCGGAUCGCGCUCCGACUUGCUCCGGCACAAAUUAAGCACUGCUUACAAUGAUCCCCUCACGUGUGUAACCCAGGUAACCCGCAAUGGCGGGAGACGCUGGACAUAAAGAGGGCACGUAAAGCGGCGUCAUGUCGCAAAAUCGAAAGAGAAAUGCAAGCCUACAUGUCAACGCAUCCUUUUCUUUUUAAGAAAAUAUUGUUUUCUUUCCCGUUCGACACCAAAUACACUUACUGAAUGUGCAAUUAUUGUUGUUGUUACUAUGAAUCAUCUGAUGGCACAAGCCCUAUGGAUAAAAUACAGCCUAUCGCCCGAAACGAUAAGAAUAAAAAUGGCACGAUAGACAUUUUCUAUCGUGCCAACGAUAUAUAUCGUCCAAUCGCCCAGCACUAGGGGGAGGUGUCAUCAGAAUCAGCUGGCGCAGUGACAUUUUAUUUAUUUGUGGAAAAGGAUGUUUGUCUUACCAGUGGGUCCAACCUUACACACACCAAAUCCAUCUGUGCUUAUAUGAGAGAGUGUGGAGGACGCCCUCUGCAGUGCUUACAGCGACACUUGUUGAGGGGCUGCCUUCUGUUGCCAUGGUGUGGCAUUGCUGUCUUCAGACAUCUCUUGAUCUUUUUGACUACUUUAUGAAAAUUGUAAUAUGCCUCGCCGGUGGCGGACUAUAAGUGAGGAGAGGAGCUGAUCUUAUUGGCGAAAACAGGUCUCGGCUGUAUUAAACCCACUCCAUGCCCUCUCUACGACUUACGCCGCUGGGAGGAGCUGAGUUAGGGAGGGGGGAUACUUAAGCCAGGCUGCGCCAUUCACCAAAAUACCAAAAUGUGCUUGGGCAUGCCUUGUCGGCGCAGCGGACCUGACCUACGCCACGCCUAUGCCACGCUGCGGGUGAGGAACGAAAAUAGAGCCCAAUGUCUUUAUGACUGAACUUCUAUUUACAGUUGUUUUUUUCUAUACAGUAUCACUUUUAUGUGUUCUUAUACAUUCUCUUUUACCCAGACAUGUCCUCUUUUGGGGGGCUGUUUGGCCUGUCCUUUGGGAGGGGUAUAAAAUCCAUUUGGAAAAAGACAUUUGUGCGUUUAACUGAGUUAGAAGCACGUAAACAACACUCGACCUGACCUGAAAGACCCUCAAAAUUUUGCAUGCGCACAACUCAAUUAUAGGCCUAUUUCAAAAUUGUGUGUAUUGGCUGAAGUGUUUCAGAGGCUAGUAAGUGAUCAACUGAAGGACUUUUUAUGGUGAUUAUGGUGCUGUUAUAUAUGACUGCUUCAGCCAAAUGCCUGCAGUCCUUAACUACUGUCUAUCACUGUGCGCUGAGAUUUGUCACUGGUGGUUGUCGCCUUACACAUCAUUGCAAACUUUAUGCCAAGUCUGGCUGGCCUUCUCUGGCCUACUCCCUGCGCUCAAACAACACUAUCCAGCGUUCAGUUUUGCUGCCACUUCAGCAUGGAAUACUCUCCAGACUGACCUGAAAUUGUCGGAAUUAAUUUUGCCGGAAGCAUUUCGUUCAAUCUUACAUGACAGACUUUGGGAGACCAUGGAACAGUGCCUUUGUUUUUAAUUCUGUUUUCUGGAGGUCAUUUUCUUUUUUUUUAUUAUUAUUUAUUGUUGGGAUGUGUGCUGCCGACCUCUUGGCCAGGUCACUCUUGUAAAUGAGACCUCCAUCUCAACGUGUUCUCACCUGGUUAAAUAAAGCUUAAUGAUAAUAAUAAUAAUUUAUUAUUAUUAUUAUUAUUUUAUGGUCACCCUAAUAUACCAGUAAUAAAAUGUAUUUUCAUAACUGUCAUUAAAGUGUCUUACAGAUAUGUUCCUGUAUUUAAUUUUAGGAUAUUAAUGUACAACAGGUAAAUGUAUAUCAGCCACUCUAAUAAACUUUAAGCAUAUUUGUUCAGAUAAAGUAAUCCUUUUUGAUGACCACAAGGAGGAAGUUUGCAGUUACAGCAGUAACAAUAAAAAAUACAUUUAAAAACCAAACAAAACCAAACAAACAAACAAACAAACAAACAACCAACAACAAAAAAAAGUUCUGACAUGUUUGAGCUCUUCAAUAACAGAGAGUACUCAAUUAGUGAAAUAAGGAACCACUGGUGCCCUUUACAUUGUGACCUUAUCUUGAGUUUCCAAAGUUUGUUAUAAUAUCAUAUAAAAAUAUGAAAGCACUGACUUGCCUAUCAAGUGUUGAUCAAGGUCCAUAGUGCCAAUUGCAGUCUAAACUAGAGGUCUGAGGCACUCUGAUGGAGUUAAAAACCCUUGAUUGUGUAGGGAUUGUGAGUCACUGCUCUCAUAUUUUUAUUAGACAUUGUUUAUCCUCCUGAAGAGCACCUGAUCCUUCACGGAUACUCUGACCCCACACAGUACUCACCCACUUGGCUUUCUUUGUUUGUCAUAAUAUCUCUGGGGUAGUACAGCCUCUCUCAAAUCAUUGACCCUGUCCAAUUUAAACCCAGGUUUUUAUUUUGGCCCUGUUCAUCAUUGAGUUUCAUAAUCUGCUCUGAAACAUCUCUGUACCUUGAUUCUUGUCUUAAUCUAUGGAGGACAGUGGGAUCAGUGUUUUCUGGUGAUUCUGAUGGUCAUUAGUUUGUGAUACCCUCCUCUUCCUCCUCCUCAGUGAGCUCUAAAACGUCCUCAACCCAGUUUGAUUUAACCAACAAUGCUAAAAGCAUCACAAACCCUGGGAUCAGUUUUCCCUGAUACCCUCCUCCUCUUCCUCUGCCCUAAGCUGACACCCUCCUCCACCUGUUGCUUUGUUUCUCCAUCAAAUGUUCCUGAGCCGCAGAAGAAGAAACCUUGAUCCUUGCCCUCGCGCUCCGUCCUUUCAGCAGCAUUUGACCCGCUCUGAAUUGCAGAGGGAGGGCUGUCACAGCUUAGGAGCCAUCAAGGAGGAGGAUUUUAGGUUUUAAGUCUCUGCUCUUUGGCCCCCUCACAGUAGGACUUCCUGGGAUCAUGGAAACAAAAGUUAAACCUGCCCGCAGAAACAAUGACACAUCUCCGGCCUCCAAAGACAUUGAACUUAGAUGGAGCGCAGAGCUGGUCUCACAGUGACGGAGGGAAGUCAUGCAUUGAGAAUGAGGAAACGCACAAAGACGAGCUGACACACUGACAGAUGAUAACAGGAGGCAGGAUGAGCACUCAUCAGAGAGAAAGAGAGAGGUUUAUCUGCUGCACUCAGAGAGGAGGUGCUCUGACACAGAGAUAAGACAGGAUGUGCAGAGCGAGAACAGGACAUGGUUAAACUAUCUCAACAUCAGAUUAAAAACCAAUAUUUUCACUUUUUUUUGGCUCGACGAGGGAGCAAACUCUAUUUACUGCUCCUGCAUGAACACUUGCAGUCUGUAAAAGGAGUUCUUUAUUUAACAGCAGCUGUUCCAGAAAAACUGCAGAACGCUGUGUAAAAGAAAAAAAAAAGAUUUGAUGGUUUGCAAAAAAAUAAUUGAGGCUUCAUUUGAUUAAAAACAAUGCAAAGACAACAUAUCAUAUGUUGAAAAUAAAAACAUGUUAUAAACAUAAUCCCCUUAGUCCAUCUUGAAUGGUUUCAGGUCCAGAGAAGUCUCUGGUGUUUCCAGAUCCUGCUUCUCUGUUUUCCUCUUUGCAUGGUUCAGUUUUAAUCUCAUUUGUGGAUGCAGUGAUGAAGAGGAUUCAGAGAUUUCUCCAGAUUCACUAAAUCUUUUUAGUUUUAUGAACUGUAGAUAAUGAAUCCACUAAUGAUUUGAUAUGUCACUGUCAUCCAUUAUCGUGAAACUGUGGAAACAUGUUCCCUGCAUUCUAUUUAAAAUAAUCAUACAUUUUUUAAUAAAUUUGAAGAAAAAAAUAGAACAAACAAACAAAAUUAUUCAGAUUCAACUGAUUUGUUGUCUUUGUACGAUUUUCAUUGGAAUAUAGACUCAGAAAAAAUUUGCAUUAGUAUCUUAAGUAAUUUUGAAUUAGCUUCAGCACAAUCAGACACAUUUCUUGUCAACACAGACAGCAACAGGCUGUAGAAAAACUUCACGAACUUUAAGCUUUGAUUGUUUUCACACACACCACCAUCAGCUGAUCUCUUCAAGAUUAACACAGACAUCAUGAGGGUAAGGGCCUUAACUUCUGUUUUGCACAGUGCAAGCUUCAUAAUUAUGAACUACUCAGUGCAUUUCCUGUGACUUAAGGUCCUUACACACUGACGCGAAUAUAGAACACGAAAUUUCGAAAUAUUCAGAGGCAAAUUUUGAUGCACCUGACUAUACACAUCAAGCCCGAUGCGAUUUUGCGACUUUCCGGGGGGAAAAAGAUGCAUCCCGAGUGGAAGGGAGAAGACUGACACAACACCAGACUGACUGUUUUUCAGUUCUCAUUAGACACUUUCUUGGCUGUCUGAGUGUUGAGAUGGCUGUCUGUCAUGAUAGCUUGUACUGAGUCUGGGCCAGUACCAGAUAAGCACAUUAAACUAUAAUCCAUAAACGUAAGGUAACAACCGAGACCUAAUGGUGCUGUGACAGCAACGCUAUUGAGUUUGAGACAGUGAAAAUACAUAUGGUAUGUUGUAUCUGAACAGGUUAGCUUACGAGCUAAAGUUACUUAGCACAGAUGAAAGUUAAAACAAAGACGUUUAGCAAACUGUUAAAGCAAACAAACUAUCAUCAUAUGAGAAAUCAGACGCUAUGACUCUCCACAAGUUGUCCUUCAGGUCGUUAUCUUUGUAAUGUUUGUGUCUUUUAUCAAAAAGCACUCUGUUCUCCGACACGUAAACAAUCAGCCGGUCGGCCAUGUUGGAUAUACCGGUGAAUCAGACGUCGCAACAACAUGCAAUCUGAUUGGUCAGAAGUGGACGCACAGUAUGCGAAACUUUAGAAAAAUCAACCGUGAUACAAAAAAGGAAAUGCUGCAAUAUCGCAGGAUGGGAAAACGUUGUGAAUGAGAAUGCUUAUAUAGGGUACGGGUUUAGAAAAAAUAUUGAUGUCCAAAAUAAUCGCACGAAAAAAAUGCUUCAAGUGUGAAAGGACCUUUAGAGGGUGCAUUUGUGAGGUGACAAGAUUGGCAUAAGAAUUAUCAGUGUGCACUUCUUUGCUUGUUACAAACAGGGAUGGGCAAUCAUAUUAAAGCUCAUAAUGGAAUACCUGUGUUUUUGUUGAUACAGACCAUAGACUGCAUUUAGAAUGGACAGUCUGCCUCCUCGCUGGGUGAAGCCACUCUUAGAACAGCACCCUCUGUUCAUGGGCUGCAGUAUAGGUCAUAAAUCCCGCCUCCUCCAGCAAAGUUUAUAGAGCUGUGGACAAAAUUUAGAAAUUUAUUACACAGAACAUACAUUUUUCUCCCCCCUGCUUGUGAUGUUGACAUGUAGUUACAGUAAGACUGGUUUGUGCUCAAGUCCUCUUUUUUCUGUAAAGCUCAGUUUUUAAAAGUAAUUAGGGGGUUUAUGUUUUCUUUGAUUGACACCUGAUACAGCCUAUGGGCGUUUAGGGAUUGCGUAGCUCACCCGGGGAAUACGCCGUUUAAGCCGAGCAUCAUGACAGUGACUCUCGGCGUCUGUGCGGCCGAAUGUGCGCAUCGCUACUGUGCAGGGCUGGUUUCAGGAAAUGAAGAAAAAUCCCAGAAAUACCGAGAGCUAUUUGGCUUCAAAUCUGUAUACAGGCGGGAGGCGGAACCAAGUUGUCCAUAGUAUAUACAGUCUAUGAUACAGACACAUUCAUUUUUUAAAUUUAUUUUAACUUUUUUUUUUUUAGGUUGGAGGGCUUGGAGACAAAGAUUUCAUCCCUUAUCUUCUCUUUGAUAAAGACACAUCCUUAUACAUAGACCAGUACACAACUAAGAAUUGUCCUUUUGUUUUCAUGAAUGAUUAGUUUCUGCUGUGCAUGCAUUGGCUUUACUAAGGUGAAAUGGAAGGACAGAAGUAAAAACUGAUGACCUCAAGAGGGGGUAUAAGGCUUUUUUUUAAGACUCUAUACUUCCUCUCUGACUCCUCUUUAAUAGCUUGGUUGUUUAAGCCCACCCCCAUUGGGCCUACUUUCUUCUGAUUGGCCAUUGCCUAUCUGGGCAGAGUUUGAUGUUGGCACGCCCUGUUGGAGGCAGGUCCUUCCACUGUGUAUGAAGCUCAGAUGAACUAGUCAGGAGAGACUAUUGCAAUGACGUCAUUGGUUAAUGAAUCUUAUCAAGAUACCGUGAGAUGUCCCAACGAACCGAUUUUAACAUUUAACAUCUAUUUUGGAGGAUUACGACAACAUAGGUGUACCUCGUGAUUUUUUGGAGAAAGGCUGACAUUUACUGUGUAAAAAGCAACACUCCUGCCCUCAGACUCACAUAGAUCUUAAAGGGAAUGAGUGCUCUGAUUGGUUUGAGUCAUGCUAUACCCAAAACACACCUUUCACUAAUCAGGGGACUUAAUCCAUAUUCUGUGCAUCCUGCACCUCAGCACCCACACUGUGUGCUGCUUAUGUAGCACUGUGCCAUGCACUCUGAGUGGUGCCUUUAAGAUUGUUUAAAUGGGGCCUAAAAGUCCUUUCACACCGGGACCGUUUUUUUCGUGCGAUUAUUUCGGACUUCAAUAUUUUUUUUCGAACCCGUAUCCUGUCAAUGCAAGUGUUCACAUCAGCAACGAGAGAGUCAUAGUGUCGGAUUUCUCAUAUGACGAUAGUUUGUGUGCUUUAACAGUUUAAUAAACGUCUUUGUUUUAACUUUCAUCUGUGCUAAGUAACUUUAGCUCGUAAGCUAACCUGUUCAGAUACAACAUACCAUAUGUAUUUUCACUGUCUCAAACUCAAUAGUGUUGCUGUCACAGCACCAUUAGGUCUUGGUUGUUACCUUACGUUUAUGGAUUAUAGUUUCAUGUGCUUAUCUGGUACUGGCCCCGACUCAGUACAUGCUAUCAUGACAGACAGACAUCUCAACACUAGUGUCUAAUGAGAACUGAAAAACAGUCAGUCUGCUGUUGUGUCAGUCUUCUCCCUUCCACUCGGGACGCGUCAUUUUCCCCCCGGAAAGUCGCAAAAUCACAUUGGGCUUGAUGUGUAUAUUUAGCUGCAUCAAAAUUUGCCUCCAAAUAUUUCGAAAUUUCGUGUUCUAUAUUUGCGUCAGUGUGUAAGGACCUUAAGUCACAGGAAAUGCACUGAGUAGUUCAUAAUUAUGAAGCUUGCACUGUGCAACACAGAAGUUAAGGCCCUUACUCUCAUUAUGUCUGUGUUAAUCUUGAAGAGAUCAGCUGAUGGUGAUGUGUGUGUGUGAGAACAAUCAAAGCUUAAAGUUCAUGAAGUUUUUCUACAGCCUGUUGCUGUCUGUGUUGACAAGAAAUGUGUCUGAUUGUGCUGAAGCUAAUUCAAAAUUACUUAAGCUACUAAUGCAAAUUAUUUAGAGUCUAUAUUCCAAUAGAAAUCGUACAAAGACAACAAAUUAGUUGAAUCUGAAUGAUUUUGUUUGUUUGUUUUAUUUGUUUUUUGUUUUUUUUUCGCCUCUGAAUAUUUCGUAAUUUCGUGUUCUAUAUUCGCAUUGGCCCUGGUGUGUAAGGACCUUUAAGAGGAUAAAAGAAAUUUAAUAUAAUUAACAACAUUUAAUUGCUAUUCACUCUGUAAUUUCAAGCAUUUCCUGUGUGAUAGUUUGCACAAAACAAAUACAGGAUUUAAAAAAAUAUAUUGACUUUCCACGGGGGCUUCAUGCAUUUAUUUAGCACUGCUUUCCUUUCACCCUGCACAGGGAUUUAUCUGCAACAAAUUUGUUUUACACCAUGACAUCCAUUGAUCCACAGAUCACAAGUGAUACCUACAGAUCAUAAACUAACUGGGGUCUUUUGCUCCCAUUUUCCUCUCAAUGUCAGGUGAUUUUUGUAAGCAGAGCGAUGAUAAUCAAGCUGUUUCCCCUCAGUCUGCUUGAUGACAUUAUUAUCAUUAUGAUUAUGAUUAUUAUCAUCAUUAUAAAUAUUAAUGAAAGUCUGUUCACUGGCCCUCAUCAGCAGGACAAUAGACUGAGGUCUCUGUCAGCGCCAGUUUAAUAAUGGCCGCCUGUCCAAUGGGAGCUGAAUGGAGGAGAGCAUCCUAAGAAGCCUUUUCUCUGACCCCCCCAUUGCCACCACAGCCCCCCCUGCCCAUCACCACAGCCCCCCUUCAGCCUCCUUUCUUCAAACGGGGCUGUGACUGACAGCUCCUUUCACUGGGCUGAGACUGGCAGGGCUUUAACACUAUUCUGUAUCCUGGCAUGAUAAUGACUCAGACCAGAGCUGGACCAUUUGAAGCUUGGGGGUGUUUUUAAUGGGGUUUGUAUUCGAGAGAGGGUUCAGUUUAGGUCUAAAUGUCAGCAGAGAUUAAAGAUCGUUUUGUCAGUUUUUGUAGAGCUGAGACCACUGACAUCAUCAAUAACUGAUCAAUAUCUCUCAGUAUCAAUAUCAGUUUGUGCCAUUAUUUUGCUGAACACACUUGAAGAAAUGAACCUGAGUAGCAGGAGGAACACAGACUCUUUCACUCGCUCCAUCAGUGACUUCUUCAAGUUUUUCUUCUGCUCAGUCUGAUAGAAAUUGUCCCUCAGACGUGCAGUCAACAGUCUGAGUGUGUGCUGGUGUCAAAGUCAGCAGGAGGAGUUUGAUUGACAGGUGAAGCUCAUCGCCACUGGCCAGUGUGACCUGUGCCCGUCAAAGCCCGCCCUCAGACCUUUAACCCCAUGCUGUAACACUUCCUGUCCACAGGUCGACUAACUUCCGUCCUGCAGGGGACAACAGUGACAUCCAGUUUGGGGUCAUGUUAGGGAGGGCUUUGUGUGUGUGUGUGUGUGUGUGUGUGUGUGUGUGUGUGUGUGUGUGUGUGUGUGUGUGUGUGUGUGUGUGUGUGCAAAUGAGUGCAAUUUAUCAAAUCUGAAUCUCCAUCAUGCUGUCCCUCUAAAUUGAAUGAGCAAUUGACAAUUUCUCUUACUUAAAAAAGUGCAUGCCUCAAAGUCACCUACAAAGAAAAGCUCAAAAAAGAUAAGAACUGGUGCCUCGAAACACUCUGUCUCUGUUUCGUGGUAUCUCAGAUUUGAGGCAAAUAAUGUUAAGCAAGAAACAAAUUUUAAACAUUUUAAAUUUUUUGAGAGGCCCACUCUUUCUGACUGUAAACAAAGCCAUUCUCCAUCUCUCCCAACCUGAUUGGUUGUGAGGCAGAUGCUGCUCCCUUGUGUUGUGAGGCACGCUCCACGUCCUGCAAUAUCGUCCAUGAGCCCAAACAAGGUUAGCGUGCUACAACAUUGGACUGUAGAAACCAACCAGAAAGUACGGAAUACACAAGCAAUAAUCAAGUAAAUACUAGAAACUCUGGCAGAACAACAGGUGCUUUAAACAGAGGUAGACCGGACAAGAGCUAAAAAGGUCAACAUCAGGAUAAAUGGUAGGGGAUGCUUCGGGAUCCUACGGACCCUGUAACCUUUCUGUUAGACAGGUAAACCGCUUUAACAAAGUAAGCAAAGUGUCUGUAACAGAAGUGUUAUCUGCAUUAUAUCUGAAUUUUAUUGAAACGAUUCAAGCAAGUGCAAGCAUCUGUUUGUGGGCGGGGCUUGCUGGAGCAGAGAGGGAGGGGAAAAGGAGAAGAGAGGAGGAGCUGUGGGGAAAACUGGUUAGGAGGGGUAGUGUUCACAUUUAAGAUUUCUCCCAAAAACUGGCACUUCCUCAGAUCCUGCCUACCCCACCUUUAAGUACUGAAGUCUUUUUGUACUUGUUUAGGGUUAUCAGGAUCCUAGGAUUUUCAUAAACCCCCAAGUCGGGUCUAAUAUUACACCAACAUUUCUCAUCUCAUCAACACAGUUCCACAUGUUAUCAACAUCAUACAAACAGGCUAGUCUACUAGCUUAUCUGCAAACAUGUCAAGCGUUGUACUGUUCAGAGUUCACCAUCAGGUAUGGUUUUGUAGGCAAAGCCAUCCCACAGGAGACUUUAGCAGCCAGUUCAGUUCACCAGCACAGGGUCUGGAGAUUUUCUGUCAGAAGUUGUGUGGGUAGUGGACACGUUGAAGCAGAGGAAUUGCUUUUCUCUCCAUCUCAAUGAAAGCACAAGCUCAUGCUGCACAUAUGUAAAUGACUAACUGGUGCAGGCCUCCCUAAGCAUUGACAGUUUGACAUGCUAUCAUGCUAGUAGGGCUGGGAAAUAUGGGAAAAGUUAAUCACGAUAUUUUUUCUCAUAUCAGUUGAUAUCGAUAUAUAUCACGAUAUAAAAAAAAUGAAAUUUAACAGUGUUUAUUAGUAGCAUCUCUUUUGCAAUACAAUAAGCUGCUGCAUCUGUGAGGUCUUUGUGCCCCUUCGACUUUUUUGUCGUAAGGCGUUGCGGUAGAGAAAGCGGACUGAAUGGUCAGCUUCAUGGGCUUCUUGCUCCGCUCAGGGUUUGUAACCUUUUGCAUUGCGCGUGCUCUGCCGCGUGGCACUGCUUCAGGUGGUGAAAAAGAUUUGAGGUAUUCCCCGACUUUGUGAGAACAUGUAGUCGACAUAAUUUGCAGUGUUAUGUCCGACCUCAAAAAAACAAAAUACCUCCACACCACCAAUGUUUCCGUGCCAGUGUUGUCGGCGAUGUCAUCAUCUGUUGAGCCUUGAUCUGUAUUUCUGCUGGGAGAAGCAUUCAUUUUCUUUUUUUUCUCACCAACAGCGCUGUCAGCUUCAUGUGUUAAAGUGCUAUGGUUGCGUGUAGCUGCAGUCUGCUACUAUGCUGCCUUUUUCAUUUAAACAGCCUUUACAGAUGCUAUUGGUGUAUUUGUCGCAGCAGAUCUACAACUGUAUUCAAUUGUUGAGAACCCAGGAUGUUAGCACGUUCAAGGUGGUAGAGCUCUUGUACACGAUUCGGGAAUAAAGUCAUACCAAUCCUCUAUGAACAAACUCCAUUUGGGUACAACUUAUCCCAGAUAUCUGCUGUAGCUUUGAUGACAAGUGGAUGGUUAUUGUGUUUCGAACCAUGACUUUUAAACUGAGGAGGCACAGGUAAGAAAAUCUUGUCCUCACUUGCAUCCAGUCACUUGGAGCUACAUUGAACCAUUUCAUCUACCUACACUACCAAGCAUUGGGAUACUCUAAUACGCAUCACUGUGCAGUCUGAAGUGAUAGCACAAAGACAUGCUGAUAGAAAAAGUUUGUGAUGCACUUUUGCAUUGUGAUAGGCUACAGUUGGGUAAUCAAAUUAAAGAAACAGUUUUGUUUUCCUGUAGUUCAAGAGGUACUUGUGGAUACUCAGUUUUUUUUUCUUUAACUCACGGGGGAUCCCUGUCAGCUGACCUGCAAUUUAGAUCAUUUUAGGACAGCCUGGCCCUCAGUGUACACAAUAUGUUUGCUCUAUUUAAAAGACUCCUGCCUCCUCCACCUGCCACCUUUGGAGCAAAGAAGCAGAUGAAGAAAAGGAGAAGCAGUCGAGCAGAAUUCCUCUGUGAUCAGCAGCAGGCGGAGUGAGGAGCUGCUGCACUUGCCACCCCCCCCACCCCCCAUUCAGUAAACUCACCCUCUCCCCCCUCUCAGAGGUGUAACCCCGCCACCCCCCUUUUGUGCCCUCUUCACCCUCUUCUCAUCCCUUCACUGCCGGGUGUCACCCCUGUCACCCAUCUCUUCCGGGGCGAGUAGAGGGGGUCUGCACCUGUUCUGACCUGUCUAGACGAGAAGACUGAGGGGAAGAAGGGGGGAGACAAGGAGGGAGAAGAAGAGGGAACAGAAGAGAAAGAAGGAAAAGGGGAGAGUGGAGGGGAAGGAGUGUGGGCAGGGAUGAUCAGAAAGGGAGGGAGAAGAGAGGAGCAUUUGAAAGUGAGGAGGGAAAGGAUGAGAAGGAGGGAGGAGGAAGAUAGUCGUGGAGGACGGGGUGAGGUGGGGGAUGUGGAAGGUUGAGGGGUCUGCUCCAGGUUAAAAGUCAGCGUUAGUUUGUGAGGAAAGAGAAAACCCAUCGGAAACAGGAGGUCAUCCUGUGGCCCCUCUCAGCUUCCUCUGAAGGGGAGGGGUCAGGUCACAUGGAGGAUAUUUUAUCACUGAUUUUUCUUUUUCAGCCCCUCUCUGGAUAUGAUGUCAUGUUUUAGGGGAAAAUGACACAACUCUCACCCCUCACCCCUCUUUCUCUUUGGUGAAUUCAGGUACCUCUGGCUCGCUCUCAGACUCACCUGAGCGAGCUCCUGGACCAGGUAUGUGAUGGUAUGAGUGACUACGCGCUGUACUUGGACCCGGACACUCAGGUCAAACAGUACAGGAGGUUCGCUCCUCGGAGCGGGGGGAACUCCGCUGACUUUCCCGACUUUAAAAACUUCCAGUUUGAUGGCCCUGAAGCGUCCAGUGCACUGAAGUUCGCAGUGAGUCAAUGAUCCAUCGAUGUUAUGAUUAUCAUAAUCAAACUUUUAUUUACAAAGCACCUUUAAAAAAAGAGUUUAAUAAAGUAAAUGAGGAAACUCAGUUAAUGUCAAAAGCUGAACUAUAACUACAGAAUAAAGAGAGUAACAGUAUGAAAGAGCUCAGUGAAUAAAGAGUGUGUGACAGAGGAUGUUCAAACAUUUACUGUAAUUUUAGUAAUAUUCUGACUUUCCUGCAAAAAGUUGUUGCUAGGCAAUGUUUUCUUUUUCUAUCCAGUCAAAAUCUGACGACUGUGUAACCAACACAAACAGGGAAGUCUAACAGGUGGGAAUAAAAAUGUUUGAUACACUGCUGUUCUAAAACCUCUGAGAAAUAUCUAUUCAAAAAGACAUCUUCAUAAAAAGAGAAUUAUGAAAUAGGAGUGAUAAAUAAAUGUAAAUAAUUACAAAUUCAGUAAGAAAACCGUUUAUUCUUAUGAUGUAAAAACAUAAAAGUGUAAGUUGAUAAAUUUAUUGAAAUGAUGGUUAGUUUUAAUGGUUUAAAACAGAUAAAUAACAUCUGUUAAUGUUGCUCAACCAGUCUUAAAAUUACAUGUGAUUUUACCAAACAAGCAUAAUGACUGGCUUGAAAACAUUUAUAGUAUAAUCGAUAUUUUAUUAUGUACAACAUAGAUCUCUUUUGUUAUAAUACAAUCCACAUAAGCUGCAUGAAGCAAAACGCCCCGAUUAUAAACAGCUUUAAAGCCUAAACUGAAUAAACAUGCUUUGCAUAAACACCUUAAUCAGAAUAAACAGGCCCAGGCACUGUAAACCUUUUCAUAAACAUCACUGUAAACACUGUCUCGUAUACACAGAGUUCAUGAGGUCAGUAUCUGAAUUUCAAAAAUGAAGACAUUUGAACUGCAUGUAAAUAUGAGGUCAGUAAAACCAAGUUUAAUUCUUUCAGUGAAAUUGAAGAUUUAAAAAGAUCUCCAAAGGGACAACUGAGUAUAAAAACCCCUCUCUAUUCUUCAAAUAAGGAAAUAUUUAAUCAACACUAAAAUUUGUCAAAAUCUGUUGAUUUUCUAGAUUUAUUUUUUAAGAUCUUUACUCUGUGUAGUUUAGGUUUCUAACAGUUUGUGUGUUUGAUUAUUUUCUAGGUUAGUUACACACUGCACACACACAUUUUUGGCAUGUUUCAAUAGUGUGUCUAUAUACUUUUGACUGCAUCUUUAGCAUGUGUAUUAGCAUGUCAGUUAGCAUGUCUGUCCCUCUAUAACUCAGCAACAUCUAAACUCUGACUUUAUAACCACAUUCAAGUCAAACAACUGUGAGCUGGUGUCAUGUGAUCACAUUUUCAUCAGUGUCUGUUUAAUGAAUGGAUGAACACUGAUGCAGAUUCAGGAUUACAGUGUUUUAUUUACAAAAUCUGCAGUAUGUGAGUACAUACACAGGAAUUAAAAAAAAGGGGUUUAUACCCAGCCCAGAUUGAACACAGUAGGAGAGUGGUAUAUGUAUGUCUGCACCUGCCCUUAUGUCUACUUUGUCAGUAUAUAUAUAUUUACAGUGGAUAUAAAAAGUCUAAACACCCCUGUUGAACUGCCAGGUUUUUGACAUGUAAAAAAAUAAAUCAAGAUAAAUACUUUCACAACUUUUUCCACUUUUAAUGGGACCUAUAACCUGUACAAUGCAAUUGAAAAACAAACAGAAAUCUUUCAGGGAGAUGAAGUAAAAAUAAACAACAACAACAACAACACUAGUGACAUUACCAAGAACAGGACGUCUGUCCAAAAUUGAUGACAAGACGAGAAGAAAACUGGUCAGGGAGGCUACCCAGAGGCCCACAGCAACACUGAAGGAGCUGCAGGAAUUUCUGGCAAGUACUGGCUGUGUAGAACAUGUCACAACAAUCUCCUGUCUUCUUCAUAUGUCUGGGCUAUGGGAUAGGGUGGCAAGAUGGAAACCUUAUCUUACAAAGAAAAACAUCAAAGCCUGGCUUAAUUUUGCAAAAAGACAUCUGAAAUCUCCCAAACGCAUGUGGGAAAAUGUGUUAUGGUCUGAUGAAACCAAAGUUGAACUUUUUGGACAUCAUUGCAAAAGGUAUAUUUGGCACAAAAUCAACACUGCUCAUCACCAAAAGAACACCAUACCUACAGUGAAGCAUGGUCGUGGCAGCAUCAUGCUUUGGGGCUGUUUUUCUUCAGCUGGAACUGGUGCCUUAGUCAGGGUGGAGGGAAUUAUGAACAGUUCCAAAUACCAGUCAGUGUUGGCACAAAACCUUCGGCCUUCUGCUAGAAAGCUGAAGAUGAAGAGGAACUUCAUCUUUCAGCACGACAAUGACCCAAAGCACACAUCUACAUCAACAAAAGAACGGCUUCACCGGAAUAAGAUUGAGACUUUGGAAUGGCCCAGCCAGAGUCCAGACCUGAAUCCCAUCGAACAUUUGUGGGGUGAUCUGAAGAGGGCUGUGCACAGGAGAUGCCCUCACAAUCUGUCAGAUUUGGAGCGGUUUUGCAAAGAAGAGUGGGCAAAUAUUUCCAAAUAUGUGCCACGCUGAUGGACUCCUACCCAAACAGACUGAGUGCUGUAAUAAGAGCCAAAGGUGCUGCAACAAAGUAUUAGUUUAAGGGUGUGCAUAUUUAUACAACCAGGUUAUUUUAACUUUUCUAUUUUUUAUUUUUCCCCUGUUAAAGGUUUCAGUUUAUUUUUCAAUUGCAUUGUACAGGUUGUAGGUCACAUUAAAGGUGGAAAAAGUUGUGAAAAUAUUUAUCUUGCUGUCAUUUUCUUACAUCACGAAAACCUGGCAGUUGAACAGGGGUGUGUAGACUUUUUAUAUCCACUGUAUGUGUGUGUGUGUGUGUGUGUGUGUACAGUCCUAUACACAUGCACACUAUACAUACACAUGCAAAAGUAAUGACCGCAAAAAUGAUAGUGCCGUUGUUGUGACACAUGACCUUAAGUGCAGGUGGUGGAUGAAUCUGCAGUAUUGGUUUGAUUUAGACAAUAUGCAGACAGUAAGCAUUCAUGUAACAGCAGCAGCAGCAGAGAUUUUUAUCCAGCUGUAAUUCAACAUUCAAAGUCUCUGUAUGUGGUCACACUUUUAUGAAAGGUUACAGACAGAAACACUAAUAUACAUAUGUAUGCUUAUGUUCGUGUUUACUGAUUGGAUCAGAGUUAUUUAAUUGUAUGACUGUCAGACUCAAAUACACUCAAGUAACUGUCUGUGUGACCACAUCUACAUUAAAACAGACACUCUGACUGUAACGGCCUUAAGUCUGUUUGUCUGUUCAUAAUCAUUGUAGGUAUAUAACAAAAACUAUAACUACUAACAGCCGAUGAAUCUGAUGAGGAUAAAGAACCAGAUUGUUUUUACGCUUGAAAAUUUGAAUCUACUCACAAUCAUCGAAACUAGGGAAGUUACGAUGAUGUUUUCAGAAGAUAGAUUUUUAAACUUAGACCUAAAAAAGUCAUUAUUGUAUGACUUCAAUAAUGACCCUUGUUGACACACAAGCUUAAACUCUCAGAAAGUCAUAAAGCUGUUUUCAUCAAAAUAAAAUCCUCAAUAGACAUCCUGCUGAACAAAAAACUGAAUGCAUCAUUAAAAAGAUUUGAGAUCUAAAUUGAGAAAUAAUUAACUUAAAAAAUUUUCAACAGUUAAUGCAUGAACGUAAAUUAACAUGCGAAACAAAGAGGAAAGUGCAAUUGAUUAAGAUUGAAUACAAUACAAACAACUCACCUGACAAAAUUAAGUACUUAAAAUUUUUUUAAAAAUAAUACAACAUUAGUAAAUCAAAACAAAAUAAAACAAGGAUAAACCAAAUAAAAAUCAAAGCUUAAGUCAAAUUUAAUUAGAUUUGAAAAGAGAAAACAUUAAAUACAAAAUACAGAAAAUUUUCUAAUUCAAAUUAAAAUGUUAAGAAGAUCAAAAAUCUGGAAAAAAAGAUUAAAUAAAGAGUAGAUAAAUCAACAAAUAAAAUCAAAGUUACUGUAGAAACUGUAAUGUGAUAUUGAAGGAAAGAAAAAACAAACACCAACGAGCUCAGACCUUAACCCCCUGUGUGUGUGUGUGUGUGUGUGUGUGUGUGUGUGUGUGUGUGUGUGUGUGUGUGUGUGUGUGUGUGUGUGUGUGUGUGUGUGUGUGUGCGCGCGCAUCUGCAUGUGACAGUGUGAGAGCAUCGUGGAGGACCUGGAGGAGGACAUCAUGUCUUUGUUCAGUAAGGAGAGGAAGGACGUGCGGGACCAGUUAUGUAACAGAGUGUCAGGUAGACACACACACACACACGCACACACACACACACACUAUAGGUCAGCGAUCAUGCGGGAGCUGAAUUCUUAUUCAUAUAGUCAUUAGAUAGCAUUGUAUAACAGCUUAAGUCUUUUGAGGUCAUAUUUUGGGCAGCUUCACUUUCAUCAGAUGGAACAGUUAAAUAGGAAAUUUGGGGAAUAGAGAGUUGGGACAAGCAGUGAAGGAGUCAAACCAGCAACCGCUGUGACAAGGACCAGCCUUUUGGGCUUAGACCACCAAGUUAUCUGCACCUAAGGGCUUGAUCUGUUUUCGUUUUCUGUGUGUUAGUAUCUUAAAGUGGACCUGUUAUACUUACAGUCUGGAGCAUCUGUCGAGUAGCUUAGCAUGAUUAGCAGCUCCAAUAACUGUAUUAAGUUAUGACUCUAGAGAAAGUGUCUAAAACUAACUGCCCACAUAGCUCCCCCUUUACUUGUUUGACUGGCUGUGGAUUAAUCACUGCAGAAGAACAAGAAGAAUACAAAAAGCUGCAGGAGUCAGUGAUAGACCACAGCCAUCCAGCUGAGGUACUGAUAGAACUAAACCACACUCAGCAAACUCUGGAAGAGUUACAGAAAGAGGGGCAGCAGAUGGCUAGAAAUUGUAAAUACUGUCAUGUGUAACGGAUAUGUUAGUAAAUCAACAGAUAAAUAGACAAACUGACUAAUUCUUCCUUUAAUAGACACACCAAGCAUGAGUAAAACCGUUCGCAUGAAUGAAUUACAUGUUAAGUCAAUGCAAAGACGCAAUUUGACACUCCUACUACUCUGGUGGCACAAAUGACGGGUGGGAAGGAGCUAAAAAAAUGUCCCAACUUGAGCAGAUAUUCACGAUUACUAAUCAGCACAAAGGUUGCCGGGUGACGUAUGAAAAUGGAUGGUUGAUCACUGGUAACUUAAAUGGGGGACAAACUGAUCGUGUUGGUGUGUGGGUGCCCCAAAUUAUAUGAUACCUUCUCUUUCAAUUUCUGAAACCGGAAUAUAAAGGAGCUAGCAUGGAGGCAAGUGAGUGAGGAGGUCAGAUUACGUGGUAAAUAGCAUCUAGAUUCGUGCGAAUUAAGCAAGUAGAUGAUUUUACUCGUGCUUGGUGUGAGCACCCCACAAGGGUUAAUGAAUUCAGAGAGGUCUCUGCAACACACACACUUUACCAACCCAGCCUUCACUUUUAACCAGCAUGAACCCCUGAGUUUUUGUUUUUGUCUGAAAGGAUUCAGAAAAAAAAAAAAUCAUGUGUUCGUGUUUCAGAUUACUGCAGAGGCAGCACACACACUAACGAGGAGUUAUAG